AUGGCCAGCCGAGCGCGGGUCUCUAUCCUCGGCCUCUUGCUGGCGCUCCUCGGCCUCGCCGGCGCCGACGUGACCAGUCCCGGCGCCCACGGCUUUCUCGGUUUCGGCAUCUCGCUCUACGAGCCUUACUGCGCCUGGGCCUGCUCUUUUUUGCUCUUUGUGCCGCUCAAUUGCACCACGGCCGACCUGGCCAUUGUUGUGCCGCGCAACCUACGCCGCCGCCACGAGGAUGACGAAGCGGCGGAGCCCGUCUACCCUAGCGGCGACGGCUGGGCCGUCACGACCGAGACGACGCCGACGUGCCUGUCGCGCAACGAGUAUUACCUACAGACACUGGCGUACUGCAUCAAGUCGCAGUGCAAGACGCUGCACGUCAGCGCGGCGGAGAGGUUCUGGGAGGAGCAGCUGGUGAAGCUGCCAGACGGGAGCGGACCAAAGUCGUACACGGAGGUACUGGAGGGUAUUAGGGAGGCGCCGACGCGGCCUUUGAAUGCGACAGAAGUGCUCAACUACACGGCGCUGAUACCGGAGGAGAUGUGGAAGGCGCAGUACGCGGACGUUUACCACGGGGCGAGAAACGAGAUCAAGCAUUCCCUGUACAGCAUCAUUCUUCUUGUGACUGGUGCGGGCAUCCCAAUUGCAGUUUCGCUGUUGCGCUUCCUUCCGUGGCCGGCGACUUGGGUCACCAAGGUGAAUGCAUACCUCAUCGACCCGCCGCUGGUUGGCUCCAAGCACUCGACGCCCAUCUGGGGUCUGGGCAUCAUGCCUACACGCGGCCAGGCGCUCUUCAUUCUCCAUCUCUGGGUGAUGAACGUGGUCCUCUCAUGCGUUGGAUAUGAAAGUGAGCCGGGCAGUGGGGGCGAGACUGCCAGAGCCGAAAUCAUGAGAGCCGUCGCCAACCGCAUGGGCGUCUUGGCGUAUGCGAAUGUGCCCCUGGUUAUUUUAUACGCCGGCCGCAACAACUUUUUGCUGUGGCUGACCAACUGGUCGCACUCGACGUUUCUGCUCCUGCAUCGAUGGAUGGCGUUUAUCUGCAUGAUGCAUGCGGUCCUGCACAGCUUGGUGUACCUCGAGAUUGCGCUGCACACGGAGGGAUGGGCGGACGAGUUCACCGAGCCGUACUGGUACUGGGGCUCCGCUGGCACAAUUGGAUUCGUGAUUCUCUGCGUAAAGUCGAUCCAGCCGAUUCGCCAGCGCAUCUAUGAGAUAUUCCUGGCGGCACACAUUGUCAUCACAGUCUUGGUCAUUGUCUGUUCAUACAAGCACGUCAAUGUCAAGUACACGGACGCAUGGGGGUACCAGAACUGGCUGUGGAUGGCCUGCGCCAUCUGGGGCUUUGAUCGUCUUGUGCGCCUCGGGCGCUCGCUGCGUGCUGGCUUCAAGAGGGCAUACUUUACGCCGAUUGACGAGGAUUACUACAGGCUGGACGUUCCGGGCGUCUCGGCGGAUGGUCAUGUGUACCUUUACUUUCCCACCAUCAGCACUUGGCGCUUCUGGGAGAACCAUCCAUUUUCUGUUGCUGGCGUGACAUGUUUGCAAGAGAUUGGCUCCACGGCCAGUUCCGAGUUGAGCGGCGAAAAGGGUAAGGAAAAGGAGAUUGCCGCAAGUACGAUUCCGAUCGGGAGCUCUUCGGGAAGCGGAUCAGACAGCGAGUCGGUUACUAUCCGCAAGGAGUCUGGCAUCGCCGUAUUUAUCCGACGACAGAGCGGCGUGACAGCUCUCGUCGCUAAAAGGGGUCCCUGCGCCAGCGGUAUCCCCGUCUUUGUCGAGGGCCCCUACAACCACAAGAUGACAUUUGUGCAGGAAGACCACCCGGAGCCGAGCCACGACUUCCCCAACCUGCUGUGCAUCGCCGGCGGCGUCGGAAUCACGGGCGUGCUCCCCGCGCUGGACAGGUUCAACACGGCGGGCGCAGCGGCGCUGGGCACCAAGAAGCUGUACUGGGGCGCGCGAACGUGGCCGCUGGUGCACGAGGUGGAGCGGAUGCAGCUGCUACAGGGACGGCCGGCCAGCAAGGAGGGCAGCAGCAGCACCAUGUCACAGAGGCGUUGGGGCGACGUGGACGUAAGACUGGCGGUGGGCGAGCGGCUCGAUAUUCGCAGAAUCCUGACCGAGGAGCUGCGGCGGCAACAGGGCGGCACGGUGGUGGUGGUGUGCGGCCCGGCGGGCAUGGUGGACCAGGUGCGGUGCGUGGCGUCGGCGCUGGGCAGACACGGUGAGAAUGGCAAGGCGGUGGUGAUGAAGCUGAUGAUUGAGAGCUUUACGUGGUAA